UGAGUGCAUAACUGUAGCGAAGCAGAUCUAGUGAGAACAGAACACAGCCUGCCUCAUUCACAACCUCAGUGAGACCACAUAGGAGGGGACAGACAGAAAGAAUUGCAGUUCUGGGCUUUAACAACCAGCAGUUGUUAAUGAAACAGUUAAUGGAUUAAUUACUGAAACCUGGCACAUUCUCAUCAGUCAUUGUGCCUGAGACUACAGUUAACGUCCUCCUCUAUAACCAGAAAAAAAAUCAUGUACUAUCUGCAGUCAGCAGCAGGGAUAACACAGUGAAAGACGUGUGGAAACAGCAACAGAUUCUCUGCAGAAAGCACUCCAACCUCCAACCAAAGGGUGUAUAUUUUUAAACACCUUAUGAUGAAUAACUGGGCAACCUGUCUUGUUUUAAAAUAUAAUUAAAGCACAGAUAUCAAACUCUCUUCCAAAUGCACAACUUCUGGAUUGGUGGACAGACUGGGACACUGACUGUAUCUUGAGCAUGACACUAGAGAAUGGGACAGGACUGGAGCUCAUGGGAAUGCAUAGAAUAAAUCAGCAUUGCAAGUGUUUGCUAAUAUGUAAGUGUAAUCUGAAAAGAAUAAAUACCAGAACAUUGGGCUAACAUAGGAAGGAAUGAAUAUUAGUGCAUCGCACUGACGAUUUCAGGAAAGAGUAACAGCAGGAAGCGAGCUGUUACCAUGGUGACCAAGAAAGAACAGACAGGCAGUACAAACUACUGCCCUCAACCAGAGGAGAAGCCAUAUAAGGAAGAGAAUACUGCUGUAGCCCUAGAGAGAGAAGAGGAGGAUGAUGGGAAAGGAAGCAGCAAUAGGAAAGGAACAGGGGCACCUGCAAUAGAAGGUCGGGUACGGAAGAACAUGACGACCCUUCAAGUGAUCAGUUUCGAUCGUCUGAAGAAUGCCAGAUCAUUGGCAGAAAAGGCAAUAAAGCUCAAGAAGAUAUUCACAAUACAUGGUCCAUAUCCUAUUAUUCGCUCUGCUCUGCAGAGUAGGGGCUGGGUGGAGAAGACAUUUCCUAAAGUUCCCAAGAGAUCAAAGAAAAAAGAAAAAACAGCUGAUGAAGAAACUGAUGAUGAUGAUGGUGAUGACAGUGAUGAUGGUGAUGAUGGUGAUGAAAGUCCUGAAGAAUAUGAUGAAAAGGAUAAUGACCCAGAUGGCAUGUUUGCACUACUGUCCCGGCUUGUUCGCAAUGAGGUACCUUAUUUCAUCUGGACAACAAGAAGAGAUGUUAUUGACUGCCGAUUUUUACGAAAAGACCAGAUGAUGAACCACUAUGCCCGAGCUGGAUCAUUCACAACUAAGGUGGGCCUGUGUGUGAAUCUGCGGAACCUGCACUGGUUUGAUGAAGCCAAUCCUGACACAUUCUUCCCUCGUUGUUAUCGCCUUGGAGCACAAGAUGAAAAACGCGCAUUCAUUGAAGAUUUUCACUUGACAGCAGCUCGUAGUGUGUUGAAGCUGGUCACUGAGAGGAGCCAUCGAACAUCCAUAUAUGAAGAUACCACCAUCAGUGAACAGGAAGAAACACAAAGCUUAGUUCCAGGCAGAGAGAUGAAGAAAGCACUGAAGAAGAAGGUGGUAUCUAUUCCAGCAUCUGUGGUGGAAAAGGCUCUCUGUGUAUGUCAAGAAUACCUGAACAGCCUGGAGCACAAUGACAUUGACCUGGAGAUGGUUCCCCCUGACUCUGAAGCACAGUGGGACACCUUCAUACAACACUACUACUCCAUUAUUCAUGAUAAUGCUUCCAUUGAAAACUCAGAGGCCUACAAAAAACAAUGCGAUACCAUGCUAGAAAAGCUACGAGAAGUGAACCCCCAGCUGGAAAUAGAAGGGAUACAUAAUAUCUGGAUAGUGAAGCCAGGAGCCAAGUCAAGGGGUCGAGGCAUCAUCUGCAUGAACCGCAAAGAGGAGAUCCUGAAGCUCGUGGACUGUGAUCCAAUGAUUAUGAAGGAUGGAAAGUGGGUGGUCCAGAAGUACAUAGAACGACCUCUACUCAUCUAUGGAACCAAGUUUGACAUAAGGCAAUGGUUCCUUGUUACUGACUGGAAUCCUUUAACCAUAUGGUUCUACCUUGACUGUUACCUGCGCUUUUCUACGCAACCAUAUUCUUUACACAACCUUGACCUGUCUAUACACCUUUGUAACAACUCUAUCCAGAAGCACUAUACAAAUUCUCUACAUCGCCAUCCCUUGGUGCCUGAGGACAAUAUGUGGUCAAGUGAUCAGUUCCGAACCUACCUGAGAAAGAAUGGGUUUGAAAAUGUCUGGAGUGAUAUUAUCUUUCCUGGCAUGAAGCAGGCUGUGAUACAUGCAAUGCAGACAGCACAGGAUGUAGUUGAGUUCCGUAAGAACAGUUUUGAACUUUAUGGGGCUGACUUCAUGUUUGGUGAGGAUUUUCAGCCUUGGCUUAUUGAAAUAAAUGCUAGUCCCACCAUGGCUCCAUCCACACCUAUCACAUCUGAACUAUGUGCCAAUGUACAGGAGGACACCAUUCGGGUUGUAAUUGACCGAAGACAUGACCGGAACUGCAGUACAGGACGCUUUGAACUAAUUUACAAGCAGCCUGCUGUAGAAGUCCCCCAAUACGUAGGAAUAAAUCUUCUAGUUGAAGGGGCAACUAUCAGGAAGCCACGACCUCCAAUGCAGAAGAUCGUGACUAUGAUUAGCCACAGUUUGCCAGGUUACCAACGGACCAAGGUAGAAAACGAUAAGACUGCCGAUACUGGAGAUGUGAAUAACAUACUUCCUGCUACUGCUUCCAAAAGGCACACUGUAAGCAUAAAAGGAGCAGGUAUCUGCACUACCAUGGCUGUAGGAGGAAAGGAGAACAGCCAGGUAUCCAUACUGCCAUCUCAGACCUCCAACCGACUGCCCGAAAAAUCCACUGGCAAACCACUGUUUUACAACAGGCAUGAGAGCAGAACCUCCUUACCCCCCAAGGUUGUCCAUAAAAGGGGGGAACAAGCCAGUCCUCCCAGGUUACGCCUGCAGACGGCACCCAAAGUUUGCCACAUGGCCAUUUCAGACAAGCAACAGACUCCCUUUAGUCAAGAUUUAUCUCGCAUUGGACUGAAGUAUGCCACCAUUGACCUAACAGAUUCAAGGAAUCUGAAGCAGCCAAAGACUUCAGGUACUAUGAAGGAUAAAAGAUUUCAGGGUGCUGGUGUAAAAGCCAUGCGGCUGCCAAUGCACUUGCCAUCUGUCAAUUUGUCUUUUUUUACUUCCAAACUACCACCUCUUAGAAUGACUAGCAUGCAGUUACUUUAGAAGAUGUUGAAUUUUACAGUUGCAAUAUGGCUUCACCCUUGGUGGAUGCCACCAUGGAGAGGUUGUAUAUAAGCAAUCUAGAAAAUAGCAACUACAAUAGAAAAGAGUCCGUUAGUCUGUCAUAUCUGGUUGACAAUUAUUAAACUGCAUCUUGUAUAAUCUGUUA